AUGCAAUUCUCUCUCCUCCCCGUCCUCAGCUUUGCCGUCUUCGGAAGUCUCGCCUACGGGAGCUGCUGCGAUAGUGAUUACAACUACUGCGGCUGGAAUCUGCUCAGAAAAGGCGAUUACUAUGGUGAAAUUUCAGCGGCUCUGAACGCAGGAGGCUACCCCGUUCGUCAGGAUUCCAUCGAAGGCACCCUGUYUGAUUGUGUAGAGUGUGAGUAUGUUAAAGUCAUACAGAACUGCGUGGGCCAGGGUCUGAGUUGCGUCGAUGGAGGAAGUGGAAAUAAUGAUUUCUGUGCGUAA